UUCGUCCUCCCUCCCCCUCCCCCUCUUCGCACCGGUUCGCGAAACGUGUGCCGCUUGGGAUAUUGAAUGGGGGAGACUGGUUCCGACCCAUCACAGCUACGGCCACUGUUGCGAGAGUAAGAUAAUCAGUGUGGAUCCGAGUGGGCUAUCUGGAUAGAUCGCGUGUGUGCCGCGUUAUUAUCGCGUGUCUCGAUUGUUUCUCGCUUUUUUUUUUUUUUUUUUUUUUUCCUCCCCCUUUUAAUUUCCCCCCUCCCCGUUUUCUUUUCCCUCUCCUUUCCCUCCUUUUCUUUCUCCCCUCUUUUUUUCCGAAUUAGUCGUCGAUUUUUAUUCCCAUUAAUUCGUCCAUAAGUUUUACGUACGAUUUUUCUUCGAUCUUGUGACACGAUCAGUUCGAAGAGGUUGGAACGUUGAAGUGCGUUGAAGUUCGCGGCAAUUGUGAGCAGGAUUGGGAGCAAGUGGAGAAUUGGAGCGGAGAAUUGGAGUUUGGAGAAGAGAGAAAAGGCGGGAAGAGGAGGAAGAGAGGAGUCUGAAUCGGGCUGUGAUCGAUGAUUUCUUACGUGCUGUUCGGUGUGUGCGCGUUCUACGCCUGAUCGACGUCCGUACCGGCGCGGUAUUCGGUAUUAGAUAAGAUACGGUUAUGAGAAGAGUUCGAUGACCAGUGGAUAGCGGACCAUCCAUCGACGCCACCAUGGACUACCUGCACACGUGCCUCAUCUUCUAUCUAUCGAUCCUCUGUUUCCGCGGAGGACGAACCAUAGACAUAUCACAAUGCAUCGCGCCCCUGGGGAUGGAAUCUGGUGCGAUUCCCGAUGCAGACAUCACAGCGAGCUCGAGUUUCGAUAGCGGAAACGUCGGUCCGCAUCACGGACGGCUGAAGCAAGAGAGCCACGGAGGUGCCUGGUGCCCGAAGCUGCAGAUCACCACAGAGCCACGCGAGUGGUUGGAAAUCGAUCUUCACACGGUCCACAUGAUCACCGCCACAGGCACUCAGGGCCGCUUUGGCAACGGCCAAGGUGUCGAAUACUCGGAGGCGUAUAUGCUCGAGUAUUGGAGGCCGAAGCUCGGCAAGUGGGUCCGGUACAGGGACGUGCGGGGCGAGGAGGUGAUCGACGGGAACAAGAACACGUACCUGGAGUCGAAGCACGAGCUGGAGCCACCCAUGUGGGCGAGCAAAGUCCGCUUCUGGCCUUACAGCUACCAUCGUCGCACCGUUUGCAUGCGGGUGGAACUGUACGGUUGCCCGUGGAACGACGGUAUCGUGUCGUACUCGAUGCCCCAGGGCGACAAACGCGGCAACUGGGAGUUCUUCGACGCCACGUACGACGGUUACUGGGACGGCCAGCUUCUGCGCGGACUGGGACAGUUGACGGACGGCAAGAUCGGGCCCGACAACUUCAAGAUGAGCUACUACGAUUACGACAGGGGUCAGGGAUGGGUCGGGUGGAGGAACGACACCAGGUCAGGCCAUCCGCUCGAGAUCAAGUUCGAGUUCGACCACGUGAGGGAGUUCUCGGCCGUGCACAUAUUCUGCAACAAUCAGUUCACCAAGGAUGUCCAGGUGUUCUCCGAGGCUAGCAUAAUGUUCAGCGUCGGUGGCAAAUAUUACACGGGCGAUCCGAUCGUGUACUCGUACAUGGAGGACAGGAUCUUCGAGCACUCGAGGAACAUAUCGAUCAAGCUGCACCAUCGAAUCGGCAAGUUCGUUAAGCUGAGGUUCGGCUUCGCCUCGAGGUGGAUCAUGAUCAGCGAGAUCACGUUCGACUCUGAUAUCGCUCACGGGAACUUCACCCCGGAAUCACCGCCCACGACGGAAGCCCCGAGACUAAGGGAUCGAAUCUCGGCGCGGGACAAUCCUUUGCAGGCCGAGGUUCCAGUCGUGAAGCAAGACGAUUCGAAUUACAUGGCCGUGAUCAUCGGCGUUUUAACAGCGGUGAUCCUCCUGCUCGCAGUGGCCAUUUUCUUGAUCAUCACGCGGCACAGGCAACGAAAGAACUUCGCGAGCCCGCUGGGUACGAAGACCGCGAUCCCGUCGAGCAAUCAUCAACACCUGUCGCCCGAGUCCGCAUACGGGACAACGGAGAAAGAUCCAUCGUUGAUGACGUACAGGGUGGAGGAGUUGGACGAUCGAUACGCUGGUACCAAGCUGACCACGCUUCCACGGGAUCUGAACGAUCGUCUGUUGGGGGACGUGAGGCUGGACGAGUAUCAGGAGCCAUUCUACGAGAACAAGCACAGGGAACCGCCUCAUGCCGCUUAUUACGGGUAUAGCACCGUCGUUAUAGACAACAAGGAUCUUCACGACAACGUCGAGCAGUCUGAUGCCACCUACGAUUACGCAGUACCAAUGCCUGUGCCUAGUGUGAGCAGCGAUCAGGACAGCGUUUUCUCCAAGUCUUCGUCGAGGGGUAGCGCGAAGGCGUGCUUGCAGAGCUUCUUCCCCCCGCCCCCGCCCCCGAUGAGCGCGCCACCCCCACGAGGAUCCAGUAAUCUCACGUACUCGAACCCGCCGAGCCCGGAACCAGUUUGCGAGCGCGAGCGCAGAGGAAGCAAGCGCCGCGAGCACUCGAUGCACAGAUACGCGUAAGGACACGCCACUGGCUACCACACAACCACACUCAAGGCUGCUGCACACCGCCGGAUCGAAGGUACGCGACAACAAGGUUCGCCCACCAGGGUUGAGAAAUCGAGAGACCACUUCGGCAUCCACCGCGACGCGUCCCCCAUUCCCUUUCCCCAAUCUUCCGCUUUCUACUCGAUUCUCGAUCCCGUGAAAAAAAAUGUAUCCUGAAAAAAGAAAGAAGAAGAAGAAGAAAGAAACAUGGGUGGAUGGAUGCUGAAGGCGUGAAAAAAAGGUUCACCAGAGGGCACCAGAGGAAGAAGAGGAAGGAGGAAUCGAAGAGGAGACGAAUCGACGAGUUUCUGUGCGAGAUCGAAGGAGGGGAGGAAAUUUUUCGUUGGCGCCAAAACUCUCGCUCUACCUCUCUCUCUCUCUCUCUCUUUCUCUCUCUCUAUCUUUCGAGCGGUCCAAUUAAUAGAAAAGAAAAAAGAAGGAUAGCGAGAUCGUGGUAGAUUCGAAUAUAUAUAUACAGCCAACUCGGUUCUCGAUCUCAUGGAAAAAUCUUUCUCGACGAGCACUGCCAUUCGCGCACUUUCCAAGCGUAUUAUAUACCCUCGUGUAGUAGAGUAGAGGCGUACACCCUCGAGUGGGGCGCGCACAAGAGGACGACUCAACCUACUCGUAGUAGGUAGAUAGGUAGGUAGGUAGGUAGGUAGGUAGGUAGGGGACGCGUAACCGGAGUUGUAACUACAAUUGGCAUAUCAGUUUAACGGCGACGCGCUGCCGAGAGACGACUCCUCUCUGGAAAUUCGGAAACUGCUCGCCUGACAACAGGCCUUCUUCUCCCGCUUUCAACCUGCGUGGAAAUCAAAGCCUCGUAGAAACGAUGUGCCGAUGUGCCAUCUCUAUUUUCUGCCAAUUUUAACAGGGUUCGCGACCAAGAAAUGAUCAUGAUCAUAGAGCGGGCGCGGAAUCGAUGCAUAUCGAGCGAAUAUUCCCCGAAUCGGUUGAAAUUUCCGAUCUAGAAAUUUCGAAAUGGCCGUCACAUUUUUUCUAUAGGAUAGAUUUAGGCUACGUCUUUUUCCAGAGCUUUGUAAUUUCAUUUCGAGAGGACCUCGUGGAUGUGGUUCCAGAUAAUUCUAGAUAGGAAUAUUUUAACCAAGGAGGGAAGAGCGUUGAUGGAAAAAAUAUCAUCGAGGAUUCGUGAGAAAAAACUAAUCCUUUGUCCAAUCACAGCAAGAUUCUUCGUAAUUUUAUGAGUUGAUUAAAAAUAUCGAUCACAAAUAAUCUUCCGCAACGUAAUCACGAUACGAUAAAAUAUAAUAUUUUCUUAUGGAGAAUUUAAAUUUCUACAAGAUUUCCAAAAAUACAUCCCGUUCUUUUGGGAAAAGAAAAAAUCAUUACGUUUUUAAUCACGAAUCCUUUCACGCAAGAAGCGGUUGCCAUUUGCUCGAUAUGCAAACUCUUGCAAUAAUUCAAUCGUGUUCGAAUCGAUCUACUGCGAAUUUUUUAUACACUUGUUAGGGGAUAACGAGGCUUCGAUUUCACGGUCACGUCACAAUUUUCGUCGAAACUUUCUUUUUCCAAAAAAAAAAAAAAAAAAAAAAAAAGAAAAAAAAAGAGCAACGUUUCUCAAACAACCUUUCUCUUCUUUUCCGCCGAGAUGAACUCUUCCCUCCCCCCACUCCCCCGGCUGGGGAAACACGCGC